CAAGCGUGACAGAAAGGGAGAAGCGUACUGCGGAUGGGUGAGCACGCAAAGGUAAUGCUAGACUCUUAGGAUGGUGCCACUAUGUUGGGUCUAGCUGUAGCAUGAGACUAAUCAAAUUAUCUGAGUCCCCGUGUGUGAUGCCCCUAGGCUGAGGCACAGGACACGACUAUGCUACUCAGUUGAUACAAGUUAAUACCUCACACCACAAGACUGCCGCCAGAAAUGUCUUCUUUUUGUUGCAAUGAUGACGCAAAACCAUCUCCUUAUUCAGGAAGAACCGCCAAGGGUUUAGCAAGGUCGAGAUCGACUGCUUGCUGGUGCAUGUCAGACAAGACGAAGGGCCAGAGCACGUCCUUGCAGCCACUUACUUCCUCCCCGUUUUGCAGCUACAACAAGAAGGCUACGCCCCUGGCAGAGCGUCAAAAAACAGGUGCCAUCUUCGUGAUCAUUUCUUACCCUUCUACACAGUGUUGUCAUCAACUACCACCAUCCCCCUUCCUGAGAUAUUGAGCAACUUGCUUAGAUUUGAACACACUAGUACUGAGAACAAUAGAGCUAGCUACAAAAGAACACCGUCGUCCGAUUUAAUUCAUAGAAGAACGUCAUCGAUCAAGUCAAUCCACAAACAGCGAGGAAAAGUGGGCCAGAUCUCUGUGCCUUUAUCCAUCUGGUGUGAGCUAUGUCAAAAAUCCAAGGAGCUGCUGGGCAGCGAAAUACUUGCAAAAUUGGGACCAAGGAGCUGAGGAAUGCAGACGCCUGAAAGAUUCUAUUUUCGACUAGAUUUUGAGCUAUGGCUUUGCUUGGAUCCGGCGCCAGGCAUCAGGUAAGUGAUGACUUCAAUAAUUUAGCUCUUGGCUGUGUUAGAGCUUCAGUCUCCUGAUCGCUGUCUCAAUCAUUAGCAGAUCUAUCAAACACCUCCACAGAAUAUUGAUCAUCACCCCCCAGGUGCAGCUCUCUGAACUGAAGGGCCACAAUUUUCGACGCUGAUCAUGGGAGUGUGGGCGCACGCUGGCGGCCACAUCUGAGUGCCGUCACCUCACUGUUGAACUUUUCUGAAAUGUCACACGCUACGACCACACCGUCGCGCCCUCGCUCGAUGGAGCAGCAUAAGCAUUGAAAUUCAGACCAUUGAGCCACUGUAGAUGUUGACGAGCUUCCCAAACUGACAACCUUGAAGGACAGCACGAAGCAUAUUCUAAAACGUCUGACAAGCCGACAGCAUGCUGCUGCUGCUAAGUUCGAUCACAAGUAGCGCUUCACAGAUUUAAUUUCAUUGAUGACCUUGAUGCAAAGAAGUCUGGCCAUAUAUCUGCUGCGGCACCGCCAAAGCAGUAGAACCCAAGCAGAACAUGAUCGAGGUGGAACCAUAAAGAAACUACUUGGUGGCGACGUCUGUCGAAGAUAGAUUUGAAAACAUCCAAGAUGGCACGCAGUAGGCACAUAAUUCAAGAACUGUAGAGGAG